AGCCGCCUCCUUUGCUGCUGCGUCCGCUCACUCUUUCACCCCAUCCGCGUUUGCAGUCGUUCCUUCUUUCUGUCCCUGCAUACGAGAGUCACAUAGCCGUUCUCUUUGACUCUGCGUGCAGCCAAAAUGAACAACGCAACCUCGAUCCUGACGCCAAUGGCGCAGGACACGUACUGGGGUUCUUUUGAAGAGAUCUCCAAAUACAAUGUACAGCUCAACUACCUCGAGAGGAUGUGGAUGGCCUGGUACGCAUGGAUGGGCAACGACGUCCUUGCGACAGGUAUCAUGUCCUUUGUCAUCCACGAGGCCCUCUACUAUGGACGCUCGCUCCCCUGGAUCAUCAUCGACUGCAUACCAUUUUUUAACCGCUACAAGAUCCAACAGCACAAAGUCCCUACUGCUUGGGAACAAACACAAUGCGCACUCCUUGUACUCCUGUCCCACUUCACCGUCGAGCUUCCCCAGAUCUGGCUGUUCCACCCCAUGUGCCAAUACUUCGGCCUCUCGACCUCUGUCCCCUUCCCCAGCGUAUACAAGAUGGCCUACCAGAUCGCAAUCUUCCUCGUCUUGGAAGAUACGUGGCACUACUGGAGUCACCGCGCCAUGCACGCGAGCUCUUUCCUUUACAAGAACAUCCACAAGAUCCACCACCAAUAUUCUGCCCCUUUCGGUCUCGCUGCUGAAUACGCGUCGCCUAUCGAGGUCAUGAUUCUGGGAUUUGGUACCGUCGGAGUUCCCAUCGUCUUCUGCGCCAUUACAAAGGACCUUCAUAUCUUGACCAUGUACGUUUGGAUUGCCUGCCGUGUGUUCCAGGCCAUCGAUGCGCACAGCGGCUACGAGUUUCCCUGGAGUCUGCAUCACUUCCUGCCUUUCUGGGCUGGAGCUGAGCAUCACGACGUUCACCACGAGAAGUUUAUCGGCAACUACGCCAGCAGCUUCAGGUGGUGGGACUUUGUCCUUGACACCGAGGCUGGCGCUGAGGCAUCCAAGAGGCGCAGGGAGCGCAAGCUUGCAAAGGCCAGGAAGGUUCAGUAAACGAGCCAUGGAUGUUGACGUUGUAUGGAAAUUUGUCGGUUUUAGCCGCACAUUCACUAGUUGCACGAUGGUAGAACCACUCUCCAUCGACGACUUACAAGCUCCGAUUUGAAGUUGAUAUGCUACAUGGCGUUUGGGUAAAGGGAACCCGCAGCCAUGCAUUAUGGCGAUGGCAAUAGACAGACCAGACCCUGGAUAAUGGGGGGCAGGUGCAUGUGUAAAUAGGAGCUGGGUCUUUUGGAAUAACUAACGUGUCCGUGCACCUUGUGCCCGGAUUCAUCUCAUGCCCCGCGAACACCAUCUUAGCGAUCUCAAAUUUGAAGCUGUACAACACCACACAAUAGCUUAAUAUUAAUAAAAACAUAGCAUUGCAGUAA